UUUAUUGUGGAGUGUCAUGGGAAUACACUUCUUCCACAGUUUUUGGGCAUGUACCGGCUUACUGUCGAUGGAGUUGAAGUAUAUAUGAUUGUUACAAGAAAUGUGUUCAGCCAUCGUUUAUCUGUUUAUAGAAAAUAUGAUUUAAAGGGCUCUACUGUGGCUCGAGAAGCCAGUGACAAAGAAAAGGCCAAAGAGCUGCCGACGUUCAAAGACAAUGAUUUUAUUAACGAUGGCCAAAAGAUUCAUAUUGAUGAGAAUAACAAAAAGAUGUUCCUUGAGAAACUCAAAAAGGAUGUUGAGUUUCUUGCUCAGUUAAAACUCAUGGACUACAGCUUGCUGGUUGGAAUUCAUGAUGUUGAAAGAGCUGAACAGGAAGAAGUAGAGUGUGAAGAGAAUGAUGGAGAAGAGGAAGGUGAAAGUGAUGGGACUCACCCCAUUGGAACCCCUCCAGACAGUCCAGGAAACACACUGAACAGCUCACUGCCUUUGGCUCCAGGGGAAUUUGAUCCAGCUAUUGAUGUUUAUGGAAUAAAAUCCCAUGAAAAUGCACCUAGAAAGGAGGUAUACUUUAUGGCUAUUAUUGACAUUCUUACUCAUUAUGAUGCAAAAAAGAAAGCUGCCCAUGCUGCAAAAACAGUAAAGCAUGGG